GAAGGACUUCUCCCCGGCAAACACAACAGAAUCAUCCUCGAUCUCCUGUUUGAUCUUGCGACUUGGCACGCAUAUGCUAAACUACGUCUACAUACUGACGACACACUUGCCUUUUUCGACUCAGCAACAAUCGUCCUUUCCCGAUCAGUCCGCAAGUUCGCGCGCACUACUUGCAAGAAAUAUGUGACGACCGAACUACCACAGGAGCAUGCCGCCCGUAGUAGUCGUCAGGCUGCUCUGGCAUCAAAACAACUGGCGGAACCUGCUACAAGGCAGUCAGCGCAAAAAGAAAAGUCAGUUGUAAGUACCAAGGUCAAGAAACUGAAUCUAUAUACAUACAAAUACCACGCGCUUGCUGAUUACCCUAAUACGAUCCGGAGAAUGGGUACUACAGAUAGUUAUUCCACACAGCCGGUAAGUUUUUUUUUAUCGGGUUAUCUGAUAUCUAAUCUACCAUAG